AUGUUAUUCAAUUCAUUAAAUCAAUUAUUAAAUUCAUCUAUUAAAUCAAAACAAUUAACAACUAAUAAUAUAAUGGUUGAAUCAAAAUUAUCAUAUAAAAACAACCAAAUCUCUGAUACAAAUAAAUACUAUAACAGCAUUUUCACUAGACCAAUGUACAACUUAUAA